AAGCCAUCUUGCUGCUUCUUGUGAUGCUAGGUAUCUGAAAGUACAACCCUUGAGGACCUUGAGAAGUCAAAUGCACCUUUGCUUGACUACUUGGCCAAUGCAGGAUGUCUGAGGCCUAUGCGGUCGAUAAGAGACAGGGAUUUGCUGGUACAAGACAUUGUCAUGUUUCAGGUCAUCCACAGGGUUCAAAGUCCAUUUCAAAGAUUCUGUGAAGGACUGAAAACUCUUGGGGUUCUGGACCAAGUACGACGACAUCCAGACAGCUUUCGACCCCUGUUCUGCUAUGAGCCAAACACACUGACUGCUGACCAGGUGGAUGAUCUUUUCAGCAUUCGUCUCUCUCCAGAAGGGAGCAACAAGAGAGCUGCUGAGGAGAUGGUCGUUACUUUCUGGAGGGACUAUCUCCAAGAUGCAGAAGAAGAAGAAGGGCCAUCCAAACUAGAGAAGAUAUUGGCCUUCACAACUGGAGCAUCUGUGGUACCACCUAUCGGCUUUUCCCCAACUCCUUCUGUCCAGUUCAUUCACAAAGGAGAUGAUGGCUUCUCUACAUCAAUGUUCCCUCUUGCCAACACAUGUGUUAACUGCAUCAAGUUGCCACUACAUGUGUCUUACCAACUGUUCAAGGAGAAGUUUGACUUUGCAUUAGGAAACACAUAUGGGUUUGGCAGGGCAUGAACAUGUCAGUCUCUGAAAACUUUUUCUGUCUGUGUCUCACUUUCUUGGUUUGUCGCUACCUUUCUGCUUAUCUCAGUCUGUUUUCUGAAAAAAGUUUAA